GCGGAUCCACCGGAGAAACUCCUGAACCCUUCAGAUGAUCAUGAGAGUCCUGAGCGCUUUGCUCCUCAUCAGUGCUGUCGCAGCGCCUGUGAGAGGAGACACAAACUUCACAGCAGAGACUCGCAGCACUCCUCCAGUAAAGACGGUGCUGAAGUCCAGCUUCCAUCUGUAUCACGAGGGGAGCGUGUUUGAGGAGACCUGCGCCGUGGUCCCAUUCAGGUCCGAAACCCUCCACAGAUGCGCCUACAACCGAAGCGACCCGCUGGUGCUGAUUAUACACGGCUGGACGAUGAAUGGGCUCAUGGAGCCCUGGAUCUUCAGUCUGGCUUCUGCGCUGAAGGUCCGGCUGGGGCGGGUCAACGUGCUCAUCAGCGACUGGAGGAAGCUGGCACUUCAGCCGUAUCCAAUCGCAGCCAAGAACAGCAGACAGGUGGGGAGGGACGUGGCCAGGCUGCUCAAAUGGCUGGAGGAAGUGGCGCAGCUCUCCAUGGAUGAUGUCCACCUGAUUGGCUAUAGUCUGGGAGCGCAUGUGGCCGGAUUCGCAGGAAGUCAUUUCAGAGGACUGAGGAAAGUGGGCCGCAUUACUGGUCUGGAUCCGGCCGGGCCACACUUCGAAGGUCAGCCGGCAUUUGACAGACUGUCUCCGGACGACGCUCAGUUUGUGGACGCCAUCCACACCUUCACCGGCUCCAGCAUCAUGCCGGGAGUAGGAAUAAAGCAGAGCGUCGCUCACGUGGACUUCUACCCCAACGGAGGCUCCUUUCAGCCCGGCUGCAAGAUGCUCGACAUUUACAGCAACGUCUUCCAGUAUGGCCUGCAAGGUGUUCCCAAGACCAUUAAAUGCGCCCAUGAGCGCGCCGUCAAACUCUUCACAGACUCCCUCAUCAAUGCCAGCCAGCCCAUAAUAGGCUUCCGUUGCCGUGACGACAGCUCCUUCAACAAAGGCCUGUGUCUGGACUGCAAACAGAUGCGCUGCAACACGCUGGGCUUCGACGUGCGGCGCGAGCGCGCGGGGAGGAGCGUUAAAGGCCUGUACCUCAGGACCGGCCCGCAGGCGCCCUAUAGAGGUCAGUGUGUGUGAACGAGUCUCUUCUCUUCUCUUUAUAUAGCACCUCCUCACUCUCUCCUCAGUCUUUCACUACCAGAUCAAAGUCCUGCUGAAGAACCUGAUCGAGCCCG